UUUCAAGUUUUGAAUAAUUAUUGUUUCUUUUCCUUCAUCGUUCUCUUCACUCUUCUUAGUUCUUACACUUAAAACACACACAGUUGCAACUUGCAUGCAUUAAGGAACAACUCCUAAUCCCAGAAAAUAAAAUCAAAUAAAUCAAUCAAUUAAUGUUAAUUAAUUAUAUUUUGGUGAAAUAAUGAGUGAUCUAUUCUUCUCCACAAGAAGCUUUCAUUGUCUAUGGCUUCCAUGCCCCAAUCUUCUUCCUCCUAAACCACUUUCUCAAACCCUUCCAUUUUCUUCUUCAUUCCCAUUUCCAAGAUCACGCUUCACCUUCACCUCAACCAACCACACCCAUAUACUUCCCAAUUCCACUUCAUCCUCAACCCCUAUUCCUCAAGAAGACGAAGAAGUUCAUGUCAUCUCUUCAACUCAGUGUUCGGAUGGAAGUUUUGUGUUCAGAUUUGGUAAUGCUAGUGAGAUUAGAGAAAUGAUAGCUGAAUUAAACCAACAGAAACUUGUGGAGGAAAAUGUUGAGGAAGUAGGUUUUAGUGCUUUGGUGAGUGAUGGUGUUGAAAAGUUGACUAAUGAGGAUGAUGGUAACUUAGGAGAAGAAAUUGAAUCAUCUUCAACUGUAGUAGUUGCUGUUGCUGAUCAAAAUCCCCACCUUUUCGUGAGUGAAAAGGAAAGUGUUGUUGUUCUUGAUAGUGAUCUUGUUACACCUGUGAUCAAUGAUUUGCAGAAGGUUGAUGGACAUUUGAAGUUGGAUUCAGUUGAGGAUGGUGAUUGUCAAAAUGGAAUUUGUAGUGAAGAUGUUGCUGAGCCUAAUGUUGUUCCGAGUGUGUCGAAGGAAGAUUAUCGAGUUGAUAGUUACAAAGAAGUUGUUGUCUCAACAGUUUCUCCAGAGUCAGAUAUGUUUUCUGAUCUGAGUAGCCGUGCUUCUAUGGAAGUUGAAGAGAAAGAAGAAGUUGACAACAGUCGUGGUGUGGAUAGAGAAGCAAACAGCUCAGCUGGUGGUGUUGAUGUUGCUGACUUAACUGAAUUGGUGCAAGUAUCCACUUCUUUAGAGUCUGAUAUUUCUGUCAUCAGAAGAACAAACAACCUUCCUGGUAGCGUUGAUGCUGAUAAAAGUGAAUUGGAACCAUUAUCCACUUCUUUAGAGUCUGAGAAAGAUGAUUAUAGCGCAACUGACAACCUCACUGGCAGUGUUUACAAUGGCGUAGCUGAAUUGGUGCCAGUAUCCACUUCUUCAGAAUCUGAACAGGUUGCUUAUAGUGCAACAGACAAUCUUAUUAACAGUGUCGAUAAUGACAUCAGUGAAUUGGCACCAGUAUCCACUUCUUUGGAGUCUGAGCAAGAUGAUUAUAGUGCAACUGACAACCUCACUGGCAGUGUUGACAAUGGCGUAGCUGAAUUGGUGCCAGCAUCCACUUUUUCAGAAUCUGAACAGGUUGCUUAUAGUGCAACAGACAAUCUUACUAACAGCGUCGAUACUGACAUCAGUGAACUGGUACCAGUAUCCACUUCUUUGGAGUCUGAACAAGUUGUUUAUAGUGCAACAGACAAUCUGGCUGGCAGCGUCGAUGCUGAUGUGAGUGAACCGGUGUCAGUAUCGACUUACUUAGAGUCUGAACAAGUUGAUUAUAGUGCAACAGACAACCUCACUGGCAGUGUUGACGCUGAGUUAAGUGAAUUGAUGCCAGUAUCCUUCUCUUUUGAAUCUGAAGAAGUUGAUUAUAAUGCAACAGACAAUCUGGCUGGCAGUGUUGAUGCUUCAGUAAGUGAGUUAGUGCCAGUAUCCACUUCUUUAGAGUCUGAACAAGUUGAUUAUAGCGAAAAAGACAACUUGACUGGUAGAGUUGAUGACAUCAUAAGUGAGUUUGUGCCAGUAUCAGUUUCUUUAGAUUCUGCUAUAAACAACCUGACUGAUGGUGUUGAUGCCAAGGUUAGUGAACCGGUGCCAAUAUCCACUUCUUUAGAGCCUGAGCAAGUUGAUUAUAGUGCAACGGACAACAUGACCGACAGUGUUGAUGCUGACAUAAGUGAAUUGGUGCCAGUAUCCACUUCUUUAGACUCUGAACAAGUUAAAUAUAGUGCAGCAGACGACCUGGCCCCUAGUGUUGAUGAUGGCAUAAGUGAGUUAGUGCCAGUAUCCACUUCUUUGGACUCUGAACAGUCUGUGAAUGGAGAAACGAACCACCUGAUUGAUGGUGUUGAUGCCGAGUUUAGUGAGCCGGUGCCAAUAUCCACUUCUUUAGAGCCUGAACAAGUUGAUUAUAGUUCAACAGACUACACGACUGACAAUGUUGAUGCUGAAAUAAGUGAAUUGGUACCGACAUCCACUUCUUUAGACUCUGAACAAUCUGUUACUAGUGAAACAAACCACCUGACUGCUGGUGUUGAUGCCGAGUUAAGUGAGUCGGUACCCAUAUCUUCUUUAGAACCUGAGCAAGUUGGUUACAGUGCAACAGAUUACCUGAAUGGUGGUGUUGAUACCGACUUAAGCGAAUCAGCACCAGUGUCUACUUCUUUAGGCUCUGAACUCCAUGCUAAUGAUGAUGAAACAAGUCACCACGUUGUGGAUGACUCAGUUGAUGCAAGUAAAACGAGGAAGUCGGCAUUGCUGGAUGAUUUGGUUCCAUCCUCAGACUUGGAAAACAAAAUAGAGGUCGGCAAUACAGAAAGCAGUGAUGAGGAAAAUCCAUUACUUAUUAUUGUACCAGAGGUGCAUCCAAUUGAGAUGGCUAGUAAUGGGGAACAAAUUUCAAAAACAGAGCUUUUUCUAGUUUCUGGUGCUGCCAUCUUGCCUCAUCCCUCUACGGCAUUGACGAGCCGAGAAGAUGCUUAUUUUAUUUCUCGCCAAAACUGGUUUGUUGUGGCCGAUGGAGUUGGUCAGUGGUCACUUGAAGGGAGUAAUACUGGAGUGUAUAUCAGGGAACUCAUGGAAAAGUGUGAAAAUAUUGUGUCAAAUUAUGAAAACAUUAAACCUGCGGAAGUUCUUACCAGAAGUGCUGCUGAAACACAAUCUCCAGGGUCGUCUUCUGUUUUGGCUGCUUAUUUUGAUGGACAGGCCCUCCAUGCAGCCAAUGUCGGUAACACUGGAUUUAUCAUUAUAAGAGAUGGUUCCAUCUUCAAAAUAUCAAAUGCCAUGUUUCAUGAAUUCAGUUUUCCGAUACAUAUAAUGAAAGAUGAUGAUCACUCCGAAAUCAUCCAGGAGUACAAGAUCGAUCUAAACGAUGGUGAUGUGAUUGUAUUUGCCACAAACGGCCUUUUCGACAAUCUUUAUGAGCAAGAAAUAGCAUCAACUAUAUCAAAAUCACUACAAGCUAGCUUGACACCUCAGGAAAUAGCAGAAAUCUUGGCUACAAGAGCACAAGAGGUUGGAAAAUCAAAAUCCAGUAGAAGUCCUUUUGGGGAUGCAGCCAAGGCUUUGGGCUAUGUGGGUUAUGCAGGUGGCAAGCUUGAUGAUGUAACUGUUAUAGUCUCAUUAGUUCAAACAACAUAGCUAUAUUUCUCUUUUAUUUGUCUCAUUAAUAUCUAUCUCUAUUUCACCUGCACAUACAACAGUUUUGUAAAUUUAUCAUGAUACUCAAGUGAUGCAAUUUUUUCCUUCCACCUAUUUAGGAAUUAUUGCUGUAUAAAAUGAAAUAGUGGUUGGUAUAUAAUGGAAUGGAAUGUUAUGGUAUUUGUACA